AUGUCCAUUCACGAGAACUGCCACAAAAUCAAAGUGUUGUCAGAACUUCUUGCCAACAUUGAACAACCUAUGCCCAAGAAGAAUCUAGUCAUUUACAUGAUUAAUGGCCUCAGAGAUAAGUUUGAAAAUGUCUCAAGCAUCAUCCGCCAUCAACGACCCAUUUUGUCUUUCCAACAAGCUCGAUCCAUGCUGAUGGUUGAAGAAACACGCCUACUGCGUCCCUGUUCAUCUCCGGUAGCUCAUCGUGAUCAUAUAUCCUCUCCGGGUGCUCUUCUUUCCAUAAUUGAUGCUCAAAAUCCGUCACAUCAACCUCACCGUAGAGACCGAGACCGGUGGCAAAACGGUGGUGGUGACCGGCAACAACACUCUGAACACCGACAACAUAAUAAUUAUCGCGUGGCAGCGACAAACGUUAGCAUGAUCGUCGCUCCAACUUAA